GGGUAGCGGGAUAAGGGUUGAGCAGCGAUUCAGAAAUAACCCCUCGCUUUCUCUUUCUCUCAAACUCUUUCUCAGACAUUUAGGAACGGAUGGUAAACACGUCCAACUCGGCCAUGGCUGCCUGGCCCUUUUGGUCCCGCUUUGUAGCGGUGACACUUCUGCUGAUUGGCGUGCAAGUGAGCUGUAACGAGGAGUCCAAGCUCAUUAAGGACUUAAUGAAAGGCUACAACAAGAAUAUCCGCCCCGCGCAGCGCUCUAGUGACAAGGUGCAGGUGCAGGUGAAGCUCACCCUGACUAACCUCAUUUCCCUGAAUGAAAAGGAGGAAACUCUCACAACCAACGUGUGGAUUGAGAUACAAUGGAAUGAUUACCGCCUUGCCUGGAACUCUUCAGUCUAUUACGGUAUCGAGGUGGUCCGUGUCCCGUAUAGCAUGGUGUGGCUCCCUGACAUCGUCCUGGAGAACAACAUCGAUGGUAAAUUUGAUGUAGCAUACUACGCCAACGUGCUCAUCUACCCUGAUGGAUCCAUGUACUGGCUGCCCCCUGCUAUCUUCCGCAGCACCUGCGCCAUAGAGAUUACUUACUUUCCUUUCGACUGGCAGAACUGCACCUUAAUCUUCAGGUCCCAGACCUACAGUGCCAAUGAAGUGGACCUUAUUCUGGCCCAGGAAAACAACACUACAAUUGAGUGGGUGGAUAUUGACCCAGAGGCUUUCACUGAGAAUGGAGAGUGGGCCAUUAAGCACCGCCCUGCCAAGAAGGUCAUCAAUCCCCGCUACUCCCCUGAUGACCUGGAGUACCAGGAGGUGCACUUCAACCUUAUAAUCCAGAGGAAGCCUCUCUUCUACAUCAUUAAUAUCAUCCUGCCCUGUGCACUCAUAUCCUCCCUGGUGGUGCUGGCAUACUUCCUGCCCGCACAGGCGGGGGGACAGAAGUUGACCGUGUCCAUCUCCGUCCUUUUGGCUCAGACUGUCUUUCUCAUCCUCGUUGCUCAAAAGAUUCCUGAGACCUCCCUUUCAGUCCCUCUCAUUGGCAAGUACCUGAUAUUUGUCAUGUCCGUGACCACUCUCAUUGUCACCAACUGCAUCAUCGUGCUCAACAUCUCCCUCCGCAGUCCCAACACCCACAACAUGUCCCGGUCCAUCAAACACGUCUUCCUGGAGGUCGUUCCCCGUUUCCUUGGGAUGUCGCCUCUGACAGAUGACGGGGACGGGGGAGCGGAGCCACCGGGGGCGAGAGAGCGCAGGCAGAGCUGGUUUGGUCUGAUGCAGAGAGCUGAGGAGUACGUGAUGAAGCAGGCUCGCAGCGAGAUGAUGUUCGACAAACAGAGGGAGAAACACGGCCUCACCCGAACACCCGUGGACAAUAUUGAUGUUAGCGCCACAGUCAGUCUAUACCAGAGUCUAGCUCAAGCUGCGCCAGAGAUCAAGGAAUGUGUGGAAGCCUGCAAUUUCAUCGCUGAGAGCACCAGGCAGCAGAACGACAUUGGCUCUGAAAUGGAGAGCUGGGUGUUGAUCGGAAAGAUGAUUGACAAGUUGUGUUUCUGGGCCGCCAUUCUCCUCUUCUCCGUUGGCACAGUGGCGAUCUUCCUCACGGGACACUUUAAUCAGGUUCCUGAAUUCCCUUUCCCAGGCGAUAAUAAGCGAUAUGCCCCCAGCUAGAGAAGGGUACCUUAAACACCCCAUCUACCCAAGGGUAUCCCUGUGUGUGGGCAAGGGUGGGAGUUUGCUAGCACUUCUUCAGCUGUAAGAUUUAUACUACUUUGCUCUUAUUCGAUCACUUACCUUUCUUGCACUGGAGUUGUGAUUAGACCACUGGAAUGAGUUAAAAAACAACCUGGACAUGUGGUUAGUACUAUUGACUACACCCUCAGGCAAUUUUAUCUCCAGUACCACUAAGUCUUCUUGUUCCAUGAA